UCUCUCUCUCUCUCUUCAAGCUUUCUCCCUCUAAAACACUCUUAAUUUCUUUUCUCUCUCUAAAAAAUCUCUAUGGACACUAAUUAUAAAUUCUGAUAUAAUUCCCUCCUGCGAUCUCUCUCUUCCCUUCUCUUCUUCAACAAUUCUCUCUUUACACUUCACAUUUCCUUUUCCUUUUAAAAAUAUCAUUUUUUGUUUUGUUUUUGUUUUGGUUUCUCCCUGACAUCCACAAAGCAAAACCCAAACGUAAGACAUUAAGAAAAAACAACGUUAUAGACAUAGCUUACCAGGUGGUAUCGAUUUGGGACAAUCAGAAUUCAACUUAGGCAAUAGAUUUUAUUUAUAUUUGGUUUGAAUUUGGGACAGAAUUUAGGGUUUGCAUUUGGAUUUUUAGCGUUUGAUGUUAUUUUUUAAUAAGCUUUAGGAUUGUGUAAUGAAGGGAUUAUGUGUAAUUAGUGGAUUUAAAGAAGGGUUAUUUUUUUUAAAAGGGGGGUGUGAAUUUUGAGAGUGGAGGUUGUGAGGUGUCGGGGUAGGUGGAGGGAUUGUGUGAGGAUGACUGAUUUCUUACAACAAAAACCUGAAUCAACAGAUGAUGCUCGCACGGAAUUUGAGAGGGGGUUGGAGGAAUUGAUGCGUGGGCAUUUGGAUGGUUGUAUGCCAUUUGCUUCGUGUAGUUCUAAUCGUAACGUGGAUGAUGAGGAUGAUGAAGGUGAUCAGCUUGUGCGCAGGAGACGGAGGUCUGAUCUCGAGGGUGAUGAUUUGGCUGAGUCAUCAGCUGCAAGAAGGCGCCACUCUAGAAUUUUGAGUAGGUGGGCUGCUCGCCAGGCACAAGAGAUGAUAACUACUAUGGAGAGGAGUAAUCGUGAGUCGGAGUUGAUGGCACUUGCGGGUUUGCACACUGUUUCCAUGCUUGAUUCCUCGUUUCUGAGGGAAUCGCAGUUGCCUACUGCAAGAAGGCAGGGGGCAGCGGAAAGGCCGAGCACUCAGGCAUCUGCGAUUUUGCAAAUGUGGCGGGAGUUGGAGGAUGAGCAUUUGUUGAAUAGAAGGGAGAGGUUGAGGCAGCGAAGGAAUGCUGAUUCUAAUAUAAACAUGUCAGUUUCAAAUGUAUCAGAGAGUCGCGGGAGUGAGAAUCAGGGAAGUUUGGUGGAUGCAAGUGAGAGUGAAAAUGACUAUGGACCUUGGUCACAUGAGCAUACGAGGUCACGGAAUGAGCAUGGGGAUAAUGAGUCUAGCAGGGAGCAAUCUCCUGAUAUUGGAGAAGUUGAGAGGAGUGUGAGACAGAUUGCUCGGGGAUGGAUGGAGACUGGCAUUAGUGAUCAUGCAUCUAAUCUAUCCCAAAGGAAUGGCAGUCCUAGAGCAGAAUGGCUUGGUGAAACAGAGAGGGAAAGGGUUAGAAUUGUCAGGGAGUGGGUGCAGAUGGCAAGUCAGCAGCGAGGAGCUCGAGUGAGUCGAAGGGAAGAUCAAGCUGCUGGUCAUAAUGCACAAGUUGACAGAGCACGUGAUGGGUUGGUUGCUGAUCAUGAUGAAGGGCAAACAGAGCAUAUUCGCAGGGACAUGCUGAGGUUGCGUGGAAGACAAGCAAUUCUUGACUUGCUUGUCAGGAUCGAGAGAGAAAGACAGAGGGAGCUUGAGGGAUUAUUGGAGCAUCGGGCUGUCUCGGAUUUUGCUCACCGCAACCGCAUUCAGUCAUUACUAAGAGGUAGAUUCUUGCGAAAUGAAAGACCGGUUGAAGAGGAGAGACCGCCUUCCAUAGCUGCUGGGGAACUAGUUCAAUUAAGGCAGCGACACACUGUUUCUGGCUUAAGGGAAGGGUUCCGCUCCAGGUUGGAAAAUAUUGUUCGUGGUCAGGUAAGCAGCCAUUCUGAUACCACCCCUAAUAAUAACAUAAAUGAUACUAGAAAUGAUCAGACUCAAACAAACACUUCUCAGGACAUCCAACAUGAUGAGAAUGAUCAAUCACAACCUAGGAGUCAAGAAAGUGACAUGCGUCAUUUGCCUAAUCAAACAAACAGCUCAGAGAGCAACCCUGCUGCUGGCAACAUGAAUUGGGAAGAAACUGCUAAUCAAGGAGAAGGUUGGCAGGAACAAGUUGCCGAUGAUGAGAGAGGAAACUGGCGACAGUCAAACUACAGUCAGUUAGAUGAAUGGAGAGGUAGCAACGCGGACCCGCUGGAUGUAAAUUGGCAAGAGAAUUCAGUCAAUGAAUGGUCCCGGGAAACACCUGGAAAUGUGCUUGGUGAACAAGGUCAUCCACAGGAAUCCCAGGAACUUUGGCGGGGGGACAGCACUAGGGAAGCUGUUCAAAAUUGGACAGAGGGGCCUUCUGAUCCUCUAAGAACUCACCGUUCUGUUCCAAUGAGAAGAUUCAAUAGAUUUCACCCUCCCGAUGAUGAUAAUGUGUAUAGCAUGGAGCUUAGAGAACUGUUGAGCAGGAGAAGUGUGUCUAAUCUUCUUCGAAGUGGUUUCCGUGAAAGCCUAGACCAUUUAAUACAGUCAUAUGUGGAAAGGCAAGGUCGUUCUCCCAUUGACUGGGAUUUGCACAGAAACUUGCCAACACCAACUCCCUCAUCACCAGAGCGAGAUGAGGAGCAGCAGAGAGAUGAACACAAUGAGGGUCAACGUGAUGCCAUAAACAGACCUUCACUGGUUUUGCCAUCUCCACCAGUGCCUCCACCUCAGCCACUAUGGCACCAGGAUUUGCACCGCACUAGCUGGUCUCGUCAUAGCAUGCAUCGAUCAGAACUUGAAUGGGAGAUGAUUAAUGAUCUGAGAUCAGACAUGGCAAGACUUCAGCAAGGAAUGAGCCACAUGCAGAGGAUGUUGGAAGCCUGCAUGGAUAUGCAGCUUGAAUUGCAACGUUCGGUCAGACAGGAAGUCUCUGCUGCUCUGAAUAGAUCAGCUGGUGAAAAAGGGUCGGGUGCUGAGACAUCUGAGGAUGGGUCUAAAUGGGGUCAUGUAAAGAAAGGGACAUGCUGUGUUUGCUGUGACAGCCAUAUUGAUUCUCUAUUGUACAGGUGCGGGCACAUGUGCACUUGUUCAAAUUGUGCAAAUGAGUUGGUCCGUGGUGGAGGAAAGUGCCCGUUGUGCAGAGCACCAAUUGUUGAAGUGAUCCGAGCAUACUCGAUACUGUAAAGAUGUGGAAAUAGGAAAUAAUUGAU